GCUGAUCUAACUGGGAUUAAAUGGAAGCGAUAUGUAUGGCAGGGUCCAACAUCUGCCCCAAUUCUCUUUCCGGUCACGGAAGAGGACCCUAUUUUGAGCAGUUUCAGUCGCUGUCUGAAGGCGGAUGUACUCAGUGUUUGGCGCCGAGACCAGAGACCUGGACGCAGGGAGCUGUGGAUAUUUUGGUGGGGUGAUGACCCCAACUUCGCUGACCUUAUUCAUCAUGAUCUCUCAGUAAGAGUUGUAGAGAUCUGGGCAACUCUUGAACCAUAUGGAGUUGUUUUGAUGGGAAUUCGAGUCAUUGAGGAGGAAGAUGGUGUUUGGGAGAAUGGACUGUCUUAUGAAUGUCGCACUCUGCUUUUCAAAGCCGUUCACAACCUGCUGGAGAGGUGUUUAAUGAAUCGGAAUUUUGUGCGCAUUGGGAAAUGGUUUGUGAAGCCUUAUGAGAAAGAUGAAAAACCUAUAAACAAAAGCAACGUUUGCACCAGUGUGGAAAUCAGCCAGCAUCAGCCUGUGUACCUGCUUAGUGAAGAACACCUCACUCUCGCCCAGCAGUCGAACAGCCCUUUCCAAGUUAUUCUAAGUCCCUUUGGAUUAAAUGGCACGCUCACAGGGCAGUCAUUCAAGCUUUCAGAUUCAUCGACAAAAAAGCUUAUUGGUGAAUGGAAACAAUUCUAUCCUGUCACAUCUAACUUGAAGGAGGGAUCUGAGGAAAAACAAGAAGAAAUGGACUGGGAGGAUGAUUCUUUAGCUGCUGUUGAAGUCCUUGUUGCUGGUGUGAGAAUGGUAUACCCAGCAUGCUUCGUUCUAGUUCCUCAGACAGACAUCCCUGCCCCUAGUACUGUAGGGGCAUCUCACUGUUCAACUACUUGCUUGGGUGCCCACCAAGUGCCUGCUUCCACAAGAGAUCCUGCCAUGUCUUCAGUAACUCUGACUCCACCGACAUCCCCAGAGGAAGUUCAAACAGUUGAUGCUCAGUCUGCCCAGAAAUGGGUGAAGCUUUCUUCAGUUUCUGAUGGAUUUAUCUCUGACAGUACUAGCCAUCAUGGUGGCAAAAUACCUAGAAAGCUAGCCAAUCAAGUGGUUGACAGAGUCUGGCAAGAAUGCAAUAUGAACAGAGCGCAGAACAAGCACAAAAAUCUCAAACCAAGAAAUUCAGGUCAACAGGGGCAGGCACCACCUGUGGGCCAACAACAGCAAGCAGCUCCAAAGCACAAGACAAAUGAGAAGCAAGACAAAGGGGAUAAGCCACAGAAACGCCCUUUGACUCCUUUUCAUCAUCGUGUAUCUAUCAGUGAUGAUGUUGCCAUGGAGGCAGAUUCAGCAAGUCAGAGGCUUGUGAUGACUGCACCAGACAGUCAAGUGAGGUUUUCAAAUAUCCGAACUAAUGAUGUAGCAAAGACUCCUCAGAUGCAUAAUGCUGAAAUGGCAAAUUCACCUCAGCCACCACCACUUAGUCCUCACCCGUGUGAUGUAGUCGAUGAAGGGGUAGCUAAAGCUCCUUCUACUCCUCAGAGUCAACAUUUCUACCAGAUGCCAACACCAGACCCCUUGGUUCCCACAAAAACAAUGGAAGACAGACUCGAUGGCUUGCCUCAGCCUUUUCCAGCUCAAUUUCCUGAAGUCAUAGAGCCUACAAUGUAUGUUGGUACUGCAGUGAAUUUGGAGGAAGAUGAAGCUGAUACUACUUGGAAGUAUUAUAAAGUUCCAAAGAAAAAGGAUGUGGAAUUCUUACCACCUCAGCUUCCAAAUGAUAAGUUGAGAGAUGAUCCAGUAAUACCUGCUGGACAGGAAAACGUAACAUCGGUUACAGAAUUAAUGGUGCAAUGUAGGAGACCUUUAAAGGUUUCAGAUGAAGUGGUGCAACAGUAUCAGAGUAAAAACCAAUACCUAGCGGCAGUAGUGACGGAAGCUGACCAGGAACCUGAAAUCGAUCCUUAUGCCUUUGUUGAUGGUGAUGUGGAGUUCUUAUUUCCUGAUAGUAAAAAAGAUAGGCAGAACAUUGAGAGGGAAGUCGGGAAGAAACACAAGGCUGAGGAUGGGACAUCUAGUGUUACAGUUUUAUCCCAUGAAGGAGAAGAUGCUAUGUCUCUGUUUAGUCCUUCUGUGAAGCAAG